GCCACAGACACACGUAGUAGCAUCUACGGAGUAGCACACAUUACUUGGCUCAAGAGAUGGCCAAGGGAGCGGUGAUGCUUCUUGUUCUCUUCACGGUGCUGUCCGCCGUGAGUGAGGCCCAUAGGCCCGGUAACAGGGCCCUAGCCCAUGGGCGUCGCCCGGGGGCCGACCCAGCUGCACCGACACACCUCCACUUCUACUUCCACGACAGCUCGAGGGGUGCGUCCCCAUCGGCGAUGCGGGUGGCAGGGCCGGCGAAUGUGCCAUUGCAAACCCUUUUCGGCGCCGUGUACGUUAUGGACGACCCGCUGACGGAGAGGCCGGAGCUCGGGUCAGCGGCCGUGGGACGGGCCCAGGGCGUCUACAUAGGGGCGGACCAGACAGCAAUGGGCUUCCUGCAGGUCAUGAACCUCGUGCUCACCUCCGGCCCCUACAACGGCAGCUCGCUCACCGUGCUCGGCCGCAACAACCCGCUUGCCGACGUCCGUGAGAUGCCCAUCACCGGCGGCACCGGCGCCUUCCGAUUCGCCCGCGGGUACGCGCAGGCCCGGACCCACACGAUGGACCUCAAGACCGGCGACGCCAAUGUCGAGUACAACGUUUAUGUCAUGCAUUAGCAUGCAAAAAUUUAAGGGCUUACCGAUUGUAAUGCUUCACAUAGUGUUUUCAUUUCAUUUCAUUAUUAUUGCUUACUUCAGGUUGACGUGCUUUGAGAUUUGGACUUUUCCUUUUCCUAAAUAUUGGUGUGCCUUUGCUUGGGUUAAUCGUCUAGCAAGUGGCAAGAAAUAAGUGAACCUAGGUGAAAUGUGGUGUGUGUUUUCUUAAAUCAAUGGAAACUUAUUUAUCGCA